AUGAUGGGGCAUGCCAACCCUAUCCUUCGCUUGUGCAACGCCUUGGCGAGCCGUGGCCACGAGGUGGUCUUCCUGACUUCAUCAGCUUUAGGUCCGAAACUUGGCGUGCUUUGCUCCAACAGCGGCUGUCGUUUCCAGGGUCUGGAAGAUGGAUUGACAGAGGAGGCGCUGAAAACUCCAGACGCCGGCAAGAAUCCUCGAUUCGAAGAGUUCUGCCAACGUCACACUCCACUUCUCACGGCUGCGCUUGAGAGCAUCCGUCCUGCGCUGAUACUCUCGGACUUUGCAAGCGGCGCAGGCUUUGCGAGCGCGCGGGCUAAGCGCAUUCCACUGGUGAUCAACAUGGCAAUCCCUGCAACCGCAGUGCAGGCGUUCAUGAUGCUCCAAAACUCAGCGAUGCUCUUCCUUGGCAAGCGUAUCAAGCCUGGUGACGCGGAAACUUUGGACUCUUGGUCGGCCCAGCGGUGCCCAUUUCCCCUUUGUUGUUUCAAGCGAACCCUGGCGAUUGUCAACGACUGCAGCGCCCUGGGCGCUCGGGAGCCGCUGCCGCCAAACUUCUUCUUGUCCGGCUCCCUCGACAGCUUUGAGACCAAGCCGUUGCAGGAGAGCAAGCAUGCGGACAUCCUCGCCUGGCUGCGCAAGGCGCGUGCGGCGGCGAAGCUAGGUUUGAAGCCCAUCUUCUACAUCACCACCGGGAGCCUCCUGGAUCUCACGGACAAGCAGGUCUUGGCCUUGUAUCACGGCUUUGCUGCCUGCGACGUCUGGGUUAUGUGGUCCCUGAAGAAGGA